AUGAUGGUUUACACUUACGUGGGCUACUUCGCAGCAGGUUUGGCUGUUCAGGUUCUUGUUGCAAAGAUCUUGAAAUUAUGCUGGAUUGUCCUGUGGAGGCCAUAUGCCUUGAUUAAAAGCUUUGAAAAGCAAGGAAUCAAAGGGCCAUCCUACUCUAUCCUCCACGGUACUCUUCCUGAAAUGAAGACCCUGCUAAAAGCUGCGCAUGAAGUGAUACUAGAUACAAACUGCCAUGACAUCGCUCAAAGAGUUCAGCCGCACUAUAAUAGAUGGUCCGCUGAAUAUGGAGAGGUAUUUUUGUUCUGGCGUGGGGUGCAACCAGCAAUAAGGAUAGCAGACCCUAAGUUAGCCAAGCAGAUACUAUCAGAUAAGUCUGGUGCCUAUGCGCAACCACAGUUCGACCACAGAUUAUUAUCAUUCGCGGGGAAUGGAGUGGGUCAGUUGAAUGGACCAGACUGGGUUAGACACAGAAGUAUUCUCACUCCUGCCUUCACCAAGGACAAGCUCAAGCUUAUGACAAAGAGAAUGGCAUCAUGCACCAUAGACAUGAUUGACGAUUGGAAAAAUAGGGCUCGAAUAGCUGACCAUCAAAAUAUCACGAUAGAAAUGAGUGAAGAGUUUAAAAGGCUCACUUGUGAUGUAAUUACUCAUACUGCCUUUGGGAGUAACUAUGUUGAAGGAGGAGAAGUCUUUAAAGCACAAGACGAGCUUAUACACCAUUGCGUUGCUACUAUGGCAGACAUUUACAUCCCUGGCAGCCGAUUUCUUCCUACACCAUCAAACCGUCAAAUGUGGAAGAUGGAAAACAAUGUGAACAACUCACUAAGACGUUUAAUACAGGGGAGACUAGAGUCGGCCCAAGCUAGAGGAAAUUUAGAUGGAUGUUAUGGGGAUGAUGUACUUGGUUUACUGGUUGAAGCCUCAAAAACUACCAAUAAGAGUCUCAAGUUGACAAUGGAUGAAAUCAUAGACGAGUGCAAGCAAUUCUUCUUUUCUGGCCACGAGACCACUGCCAAACUAUUAACUUGGACCAUUUUCUUGUUGAGCUUGCAUCAAGAAUGGCAAGAAAGACUGAGGGAAGAGGUGCUGACGGAAUGCGGGAUGGGAAUUCCUGAUGGAGAUAUGGUUUCCAAGUUAAAAUUGCUGAACAUGGUUCUUCUUGAGACUUUGAGGCUGUAUUGUCCUGUACUGGAAACCCUCAGGGAGACAUCAAGAGCUACGAAACUAGGGGAUUUCCUGAUUCCAAAGGGUGUGUUCAUAACAAUUCAACUGGUGCAGCUGCAUAGGAGUAAAGAAUACUGGGGAGAGGAUGCGAACGAUUUCAAUCCAUUAAGGUUCAAGAAUGGAGUAUCUCAGGCUGCAAAACACCCAAAUGCUUUCCUCGGCUUCGGAAUGGGUCCGAGAACUUGCCUUGGUCAGAAUUUCGCGAUGCUGGAGGUGAAAUUGGUGCUUUCGUUAUUGCUUCAAAGGUUUUCUUUCUUCCUCUCUCCAGAGUAUAAGCAUGCACCAGCUAACUACUUGACCAUGGAGGCACAAUUUGGCGUCCCUACUAUUGUGAAGCCGCUUCUUUCAAAAUAA